ACUUCACUGCAGGAGAGCGAGCGCGGUUGCUAGCUCCGUAAUGUGAGCCGUGGCUGCUGGUGGUUGUUUUUCUUCAAAAAACGCGUUGUUUAGUAAAACAUGCGGUUAAACCUGCUCAGAUGAGUUUCGUUGAGGCAGAGAGCGGCUGUGUGUCGCGGUUUUGUUGGAAGUAGACGGUUAAGAGGAAGCUGCUUUGUUCCGCUAGCGAGUUCUCGUGUUUACAGCGCCGGAUUAUCGCUGUCCCCGCGUCUCCACCGAGCACCGGCCCCUUCUCGCUAAUCCGGACAGCCGCUAGGCGAUGCCUAAAAGCCGGAAAAAGAAGAAGCAAUUGGCCCUGGCCAAGGCUCAGGCCCUGGCUCAGGCUCAGGGACCUAACUUUGGGAUUCCUCCAGGUGGGCCCCCAGUCCCCGACCACCACUGGGGAAUGCCUCCACAUCCAGGUGACUUCCUUGGCCCCCCAGGACCUCAUCAAAUGGGGCCCCGAGGACCUCAUCAAAUGGGGGCCCCAGGACCUCAUCAAAUGGGGCCCCCAGGACAUCAUCAAAUGGGCCCCCCCGGACCCCAUCCAAUGGGGCCCCCCGGGCCACAUCCAAUGGGGCCCCCCGGGCCACAUCCAAUGGGGCCCCCUGGACCACAUCAGAUGGGGCCCCCCGGACCAAUGAUGCCAGAUCAGCGCUUUCAUAUGGGCCCCCACGACUUUGGACCACCUAUGCCUGGGCCCCUAAUGAUGGAAAGGCGAGACAUGGAGGAACCCAGUGAUUUUAUGAUGAGGGGUCCCUUUAUUCGGGAGGAUGAUUUCCGCCCUCCAGGGUUCCACCCACGAGAGUUUGAAGGAGGUCCACCAUUCCACCAUCCAGAGUUUGAAGGAAGGCCGAUGGGCUUCCAUCCAGGUGGGCCACCUUUCCCACAUCCAGAUUUUGAUGACAGAUUACAAGGCUGCCCUCCACCUGAGUUUGCACGUGGGCCCGGACCAGGACCAGGACCAGGACAUGAACCUGGGUUUUACCCACCCCCAUACGAUUACAUGAGGGGACCUGGAUACCCAGUAAUGGACAAUGAUUGUGCCCAAGUGGACCCCAGUUAUAUGCCACCAAUGGGAAACCAUGUUACAAAUCCUUCUGCAGCUUCUGCCGUUCAGAGUAAAACCAGUCAGCAAACAUCGAACCAAACCAAGAGUGAAAGUAAUAAGAGUAUGGUUUUGAAGACUGCAACAGCCUCUGCAAAAAGAUUUGUCAAACCUCCUCCUGGAAGGUCCAUGGGAGUCAUUUCAUUUGUUGGUAACAAUUAUGGGUUCAUUGAACGUGAGGAUCUGAAGAAAUUCACUUUUCCUUUUGAUGCCUAUUUUGGAAACCGAGAUCAUUUGAUCCCUGGGGUUAAAGUGCAUUUCACAGCAGUUAAAGAAUUGGGAAAGGAAUGUGCUACUGAUGUUAAAGUGGCUCCUGGAGGAACAGAGGAGGUUGAUGAGACAGUCUAUGAAGGUGUGGUGAUCACGCUCCUUCCAGAUACGUAUGUUAAAAAACCUUAUCCUGGCCUUAUCAAAACCAUUCUCACGACUGACCCCGUUAAACUGCCUUUUGGAAAAUCGGAUACAAAAGUCACUCUUCUAAUGUUUGAUCGAGUGAAAUUUCAGCUGGUCACAGAUAUUAUUACAAAAAUGACCAGAGCCACAAACAUCAUGCCACUAGUACCCGACACAUUUCAGCUCACCAAGGAAACCAGGGAAAUGGGUGUGAUUAUGACCAUCACGGGCGAUGUCUGUACCAUCAUGUCAAAGCAGCAUGACAACAUCAGGUCUUCUCUCAGUGAGAUUAUUGGUGAUGGUGAACUGAACGUUAUGGAUGAGGUGGAGUUCACUUUUAUGACUGUAAAAGACACAUUAAAGGCUGUCAGGCUGAAGAAAGUUCCAGACGGCUCAGUGGUUUUUAAUUUAAAAGCACAAAAUAAAAUUGCCCAGGCUAAGGAGAAAAUUGCUGUUCCUUCUGCAUCUAAAGACAAGUGGAAACCAGUGACCUCAGAACCUGGCUGCGAAGAAUCAGAAGAUGAGGUAGAUGUGGGUAGUGAGGUGUAUGAGGGAACCAUCAUCCUGGCCAUUCCAAAAAAUCCUGAAGAGACCGGGAAACAGGAGCCUUCUCAAGGUGUUCUGGAAUCCACAGUGGAGGAUACACAGAAACACUUACCCUUUAGGUCAGCUGACAUGAUCACGCAAGCCACAAUGUUUGUUGGCGACAAGGUUUAUUUCAACAUCUCUAUCAACAAGAAAACCCAGGAGGAGCGCGCUGUCAACAUCGAGUUCCAGCCAGACUUCCUUGAGACAGAUUCUGAAGAGCAACGCAAAACAGGUAUUAUUGUAAAACUGGAGGAAAAGUUUGGUUACAUCAAGACUGCACAAGACCAAUUGAUUUUUGACCUGAGCGAGGUCAUGGAAAGUGGCAAGCUCACUUUGUUAGAAAAGGUUGAGUUUACUGUAAUAAAGAACGAAGGGGCCGAAGAGGUUAAACGAGCUAUUAGAAUCAGGAAGCUGACUGGGAAUGUCUUUAUACCUGUGCCAAAGUUAGAAGGCCUUGGGGAAAAAGAGAAGAAGAAAAUGACAAUCAAAUUGCUGGCUGAGACAAAAGACCUGAUUCAGAAUGAGGCAAAGACUGAAGUCAGAAAUGGAGGUUCAGUGGCUGCUAAGAAACCAGAGACUAGAAAAGAAGAAGCCUCCAAAGCUGUUAAACCACCAACAAAAACACAAAAGCAAGAUGUGAAAGGUAAACAAGAGAAGGAUAAAGUAGAUAGACCGCGUAGCAGAAGCAGAGAAAACAGCCGGCGCAGGAACAGUCGAAGCAGGAGCCGCAGCCGUGAUAGGAGUGGUAGCAACAGGAGGCACAGGAGCUCCAGCCGUGAGAGAAGUUACAGCAGGCACAGGCGGAGCUGCAGUCGUAGCAGAGAUCGGUCGCACAGGUCGAGGCGUAGUCGCAGUCGUAGUAGAAGCAAAGAAAGAAGCAGUCGAAGUGGAAGGAAGAGAAGCCGCAGCCCAGAACACAAGGAUGGCCGUCGCAGAGACCGAAGCAACAGCAAGGAGUGCAGCAGUAAGAAACGCAGCCGAACCCCAGACAAAAAAUCUGAGAGCGGAAAGAGUUCGUCCAAGUCUGCAGCCAGCUCUACAUCUGCUGGAGGUGUAGAAGAUGAAUUGGCACAGAAGAAGAAAGAGCUGUUGGAGCUUAAUGAGUUGAUAGCACGUAAAAGGGCCAUCAUUGCAAUGGAACAAAACACCAAGACGUUUAAAGAUGUUCUUGAAAUGGACAGAAAACAGGGUUUUGCCACAUUUGAUUAUCAGCACAAAACCUGUCUAGAGAACACAUGGACGCCUGACCUGAAACCAGCAAAGUCCAUUCUGAAGAAGCAUUCUGAUCCUCUGACUGCUGAACGUCAGGCAAAUAAAAGAAGCCUGAGUCCAGAAGAGCUAGUGGAGUACCCAAAGAUCAGUACAACUACCAGCCUAUACGCUUGUCCAGUCCCUUCAUGGAUGAAGGAAAGUCCAUUUUCCGAAGAUGAAGAUCAAGAAUUGCAAAGAAAAAAGAGGCAGUUAGAGGAACUGAGUGAAUCUAUUGCACGCAAACGAGCAAUUGUGGCCAUGAAACAAAAAAACAGGGUCUUUUCUGAUGAGCCCGAAAUAAAAAAGGAGCACGAUGAGGAUUCAUGCUCUGAUGACUUGGACUUUUCAGCUCCAGUUAAGAACACCUGGCAACCUGAAAUAAAACCCGAUCUCCAACCAAAGAAGUCCAUUUUAAAGAAACGAUCAGAACCACCAGCUGACCAGCAACAGAUGGCUACAACCUCAACAGCUUCACAGCGUUACAGUCAUUCUCUUUUUCCUAUUUGUAACCCCCCUGAAGAUGAUUACUCUGCUCUCUCCAAACCCCCUGGGUUCUCUCAUAACGAUCUGGAAACAACCACUAACCAACCAAAUACUUUUGGUAUUUUCGAGAGGGUGAUUAAUAAGGGAUAUCCUACUUCACAUUCAAGCGAGACCUCUCCUUUUAUUAAUCAACCUGGCCAACCAUUGUUUCCCUCUACAUCAAUAUCUGGACCAUUCUGUGGCGAAAAAAGUACAGAAGAGGCCAAAGCCAGUUCCUAUGAAAGCAUUGCUGAUCAGCCCUCCACGCAGUUUCCUACAGCCCAGCCUUCAACUUCAACAGAUCAAAAGCGCAACCUUGCAACACAAAUGCAACGUUUCCUGACUGCUCUCAAUAAGGCAGAUUCAAAUUUGGUGUCUUCCCUGUUGCGAGAAGGCAAAAAAGACCCUCUGGGGACCCUCAAGCCUCCACAAGUUCAGUCAGAAAAAAUGACCAGCAAGGAGGAAUUGUAUGAUCCUUUUAAGGAAACAGAAGACAAUGAAGAUCUCCUGCCACAUGAAAGGGCUGUACAGGAUGGCAGCGGAUUUUCUAGACUUGUUGGAAUGAAAUAUGGAGCAGAAGCUAAGGCUGAGAAUCGAUUCUGCUAUGAGGAGAAAAAGGCUUCUACUAGUCAGAGUAGAAUUUCAGAAGAGCGUAAGCAUUUUUCUGAACAUGAUGAAUAUGAGCUUUACGGAGGCUCCUACAGUAAUUUUGAGCAUCAGAGGCGCUCCCAGGAGGGCCAUCAAAAUAUGUAUUCACAGGGUCAGGACUUGUACACAGAAAACAGGGAGAAAUAUGAAGGGCAGAAAGGGUCUGAAACGUACAAGGUAGGAGGCAGUGGUGUUAGCCCGGUGGUGCAGCAGAAGCCAGAGAAUACCACUGAAGAUGCAUCCAAAAAGUCAGAGCACUUUGAAAAAAUUCAGAAUUUACUGCAAACAAUUGGUCUGAAACUCAACACAAGCGAGGUUAGUAAGUUAGCUGACAGGACAAGGGAGCGGCUGUAUGGCAAGGCCAAAUCUCAGAGUGCAUCAUCACAGUCGUUGGAUCAAAAAGAGAUGCAGUCACGUAGAAAUGAUCGAAGAGGUAGCAGGGCAGAUUCAUCUGAUUCUGAGGGUGUCCGUUCUGUAUCGCCGGCUAGAUCUUCUAAUCGUGAGGUUUAUAUGAGCUACUGGGACUCUGUUAAGAAGAGAGAUCAAAGUGAUGAUGAAAUAGGUGGUAUUAAGGAGAAGGAUCUUCUAAACCUAAAAAUGACUAUUAAGAACAGUCCGGAAGCAAGACAAGUGACACCAGACCCACACAAACAUGCAUCUUCAACAAUAGUCAUCCAGGAUUCUCCUCAACACACCAAGGAACUCCCGUCAACCUCGGCACAGUACGGCAUCAGUUCCUAUUAUACUCAGCCAGCCACUGAAAGUCUUUGGCAAUCUAGCUAUCAAGACCAGAAUUUUCAGGAUCCAGUGUCUCCAUAUGGUUCUAUUCCUCCAAGUCCUCUGCCUUACGCUGCUGGAAUUCACAUGCCACCCCCUCCUGGCUAUGGUCCCUAUGGUACACCACCACCACCACCAUUCCCAGGCCACCCUGUUAUCCCCCCUCACUUUUCCACACCAGUUCUUCUCGGACCUCCUUCUGCCCCUCCGUUUCCACCCCCUACUAGCCUAUUUGAAAUGUGUAUGCCUCCAUUAGGCCUUGGCUAUACCACCAUAAAUACUAAAGUUAAGGCCAAACCCACUGCCCCAAACAGAUGCUUAAAAACAAUAGAAACUGUGCAAACCAAUGAAACCAACAAACCUGCUAAUAAACCUGCAACACCUACACAGGCUAAUGUAAAUCUUCCCCUUCUUAGUGUGCAGCCUGCACUUGUUACCAUUCAGACAGUAGAGCCUACAGACGCCCAAAAGGACGAAGAUUCAAAACAAGCUGCACCUAUAACCGAGGAAGACAUCAAAGCUAAACAGAAAAAGAGGCUGGAGCAGUUUAACCAGAGGAUGAGACUGAAGAAAGAACAGCAGAUGGAAGCACAGCGAGCUCGUGGACAAAGCCAGAAAACCACAACAGGAAAACUUAUCCGUAUUGAGGUAAAGAACGUGUGGAUAUGUGGCCACUCCCUGGUGUUCUGGGCAGAGAAGAGGGCCACAUCUCCUGAAAUUGGUAUGCAGCUUGGUAUGGACCCCAACACUGUGCGAAUAUGGUGGAAGGGUGUGCAGGGCAUGACUUGGACACAGCUUUUGCCCCAGCUGCUCCAGCUCAAGGACAACUGGCCCAAGCCAGAUGUGAUCCUUAUACACCUGGGAGGAAAUGACCUUGGCAAGACCACCUCAGAGGCCUUCCUUGCAGCAGUGAAGAAAGACCUGAUUUCGAUGAAGAGCAUAUUUCCUGAGUGCCUCCUGGUUUGGUCUGACAUUCUACCGCGUAUGGCCUGGAGGCACUCGGAGGACAGUGUUGAGGUGGACAACUUACGCAUGGCCAUCAACAAAAGCAUACGCAAUAUUGUUGCGGAGGUUGGUGGUUCCUCGCUUUCUCAUGAGAACAUAAAGCCUGGUUUGGACUUGGGCCUCUACAGACCUGAUGGGGUUCACCUCUCAGGCAAGGGAAUAGACACUUUCAAUCUGAACAUGCAAGACUUCCUUGAGAAGUGGGAAAGUGAGAUAAAUGAUAGAGAGCCUUCAGAGAACUAAGGCGUUUGGAUCCACUUGUUUUUUAGUGCUAUUCUGCCUCUGUACCUUCUUUUUGUACAAAUGUCUUUGCAGUUCAUUAUUGUAUCACAUUCUAAUGUUGUCAGGGUUGGACUCCAACCUGCGGUUAAGCGCUGAAUGUCACUGCAUGUUUUAAAUGAUGGAUUAAAAUCUUUUUGGUAAAACUAAUUCUGUAUUCUUUAUAAACAUCAGCUCGGUGUAUUCAUGUUUAUUAGGUGAUUUUGAUUUUUGUUUUUAUUGGUUAUGUUUUUUGAAAACUGUACCAAAACAUGAAAAAAAUAAAAUAAUGCAGGACUUUACAGCGUCUGUUCAUUGACCAUGUCUGCAUGCUCUCCAUGUCACAAUAUUUAUAGCAUGAAUAUCCAACAUAGAAUGUACCUUUCUAUUGAUUGUUUACGUAUUACUAAUUUUACUAUUGACUAAAUGUUAACUUCUGCUAGAAAACCCCUAAAUUAUUGAAAAGAGACACUUUUCGUUUGUGUCCAAAUUUAGUCUUUUUUUAGGCAUAAUCUCUGUCUGGAACACCAACCAACCCAAAGAGAUUUACUCUACCCUGGAAUGUCAGUGGAUUCAACUUCCUGUGUUUUCCCUGUUUCCCGUCAUCUCAUCAGUAAGCCAGUUGGCUGUCUAUACAGUGGUUGCCUUUCUCUUCUGCAGGUUCUAAUGGAAGCCCUUAGCUUAUCCUGUCUUCUGGAUAGACGUUUAUGUAGGUUUGGAGCAUCUGAUGGAUGGCCGUGUACAUCUUCUGGAACAGAACAAAGACAUGAAAAUCUGACCUAUGAGAAGAUCCAUCAGUCCCAAGAAGGAGCUGUAUUUGGUUCUAAUAAUGCUGAAUUUGUAUAUGAAGACCAUGGCACCUGUAGUAUAGCACAGAUUUAAACAGUUUACAACCAUUUACAUUAGUUUCUGUCAUUAUGCUAGAAAUUUGUAUACUUUUUUUUUGUACAAACUUUUUUGGUAGUUAAUUGUACUGCCAGAAUGAGUGUGUUUAUUUGUUUGCACUGCAAAUGUCUUAGAAAUAAUGGAUUGUAUAUAAAGGAGUAUCUUUUUGAAAUGUGAUUCAGGCUAGAGUAUGUUCCACAUCAGGCCCACAUAUCAGGACAUGUAAAAUGCUAAAAAUCCAUAUGACGUUUAACUGAAUUUCAUCUUUCUGUAUAUCAGAACUUGAACUAGAUGAACAGAGCAUUUCAAGAAUAAAAAUGGAUUAGUA